UCCAGGUGUUGUGCCCAUAGCGCAACACCAUCUGGUAAGUGGAAUACCAACCCCUUCCCUUACCCCAAAGUUUUGAAGUAUUACACUAGGGGCGCGUGUCCUUUUUUCUUUUUGUCUUGCAUUCUUCUAUGCCCGGAAGCCAUGGCGUCUGCUGGUCUGAGAGACGAGCUGCUCUGCUCCAUCUGUCUGAACAUUUAUACACAUCCUGUAACCCUGAGAUGUGGACACAACUUCUGCCGGGACUGUAUUGGUCAGGUCCUGAAUACACAGGACGGGGCUGGAGGUUAUUCCUGUCCUGAAUGUAGAGCAGAAUAUCGGGAGCGUCCGUCACUGAUAAAGAACAUAACUCUAUGUAAUGUAGCAGAACGUCUCCGGUCUACUCAGCCCCAUCAGGAAGAGAUCACCGGGAUCCACUGCACGUACUGUGUGGACUCUCCUGUACCUGCUGUGAGAUACUGUCUUCACUGUGAGGCCUCUCUGUGUGAUAAACAUGUGAGAUCCCACAACAAAUCAGAAGAACACGUCCUGACCGAUCCCACCACCUCCCAGGAGAACAGGAAAUGUUCUGUCCAUAAGAAGGUCCUGGAAUAUUACUGCACUGACGACUCUACAUGUAUCUGUGUGUAUUAUGCAGAAGAAGAACAUCUGGGACAUCGGGUGGAGAAGAUGGAUGAGGCCUCUGAGAAGAAGAAGAAGAAACUGAGAAAUGUUCUACAGAAACUGAUCACAAAGAGAGAGAAGACUGAGGAAAGAGUCCGGAGUCUGGAGGAACGCUGGAUAAAAGCUCAAGAAGAAGCAUCUGGAGAAGCGGAGAGAGUCACUGCACUGUUUAUAGACAUCAGGAGACGGCUGGACGACCUGGAGAAGAGGAUCCUGGGUGAGAUCUCCAGGCAGGAGGAGAAGAUGUCACUGUCUGAUGUCAUCCAGAAGCUGGAGAUGAAGAAGGACGAGCUGUCCAGGAAGACUAGGGACAUUGAGGAGCUGUGUAACAUGGCGGAUCCACUGACUGUCUUACAGGAUCCAGACACAGGUGACUUGUGUGAUCCUGAGGAGGGGGGAGGUGAUGAGGACACAGGGGGACAUGAUACCACACAUGAUGUAGAUGUCAUUACAGGGAUGUUACAUGCAGGUUUCUCUGAUAUAGGGGCGGCUGCAGAAAAUAGAGGGGUGUAUGGGCAGGGUCCUGCAAAAAUAUUUCUAGAUGUAAACACAGCCGAUAAUAAUAAAAUUAUAUCAGACGACCUGAAAACUGCAACCAGGACAUAUACAGAGCAGAAUCGUCCAGAAACAGCAGAAAGAUUCCAGGGUUAUUAUUAUUCUCAGGUGAUGAGCAGCGGGAGAUUCUCCUCAGGACGACAUUACUGGGAUGUGGAGAUCAGAGGCGUGGGGGUGGGGAUGUGUUAUCCCAGUAUAGAGAGGAGGGGGGCGCGAUCACUUAUUGGACAUAAUAACAAGUCCUGGGGUUUAUAUAGAGGGCUGAAGUAUAAUAUUCAGUAUACAGUGAUACAUGACAGUGAAGAGAUCCAGUUACCUCACCAGGUCUCCAGUGAUAGAUUCAGGAUCUGUCUGGAUUACAAGGCCUUUUAUGAGCUGUGUGACCCCAUCAGACACUUACACACCUUCACCACCACCUUCACCGAGCCCCUUCAUGCUGUAUUAUAUGUAUAUAAUGGUUCUAUAAAGAUAUCAGGGGGAGGAGCCAUAGAGGAAAUCUGCCCAGAGACAAGUGACAUCACAGGGAGCAGGAUCUGAUUGGUGGAGCAUUCAGCCUAUAGGAUGCCGCAGUGGGAGGGGCCUCAUCCUUCCCUCUCUUCCUUAGGACACAUCCACACAGGGCAGAUAUGCUGCAGAUUUUCCUUCAGGAUUUUCUAGGCUAAAAAAAGAAAAACCCUCAGAGUUUAUAGUAACAGUAGUAGUACAGUAAAUUCAAUUUUACCAAAUAUGCACAAAACAAAGGAAAAAAUCUGCUUACAAUCCACGUAGAGACUGAGCUGCGUUGCAGAUGUUAUCCCGGCAGGACACGUUAUGUUGCGGAUUCGCUUCGGAUUUAUUGCUGAUUUUUCUCACGACUUCGAUCCACAAUGAUAUAUAUAAGUGACACGUAUAAGAAUCCUCCAGGACCACGGUGGUUUUACCGCAUGUCGUCUAUAUCUUACAGUAAGGCCG